CGGACACUCGGUCGUGUGUUUUUCUGAAAAUGUGUUGUUGACCGUGCUUGUUCCGGAUAGUCCAGGUCACAAAUUUCAAUAAUCGUUUCCAAUUGAGUUUGGACAUCAGUGGACGAAGUGACUAAAGUAUGCACUAAUUAAAAAUAUAUUUGAACAAUUGAAUGUAAAGUGGUUAACACGAUAUCGACAACUAAGCAGUGUUUGGGGACGUGCUGUACAAUCCAUUACGGCUGCUGCUGAAUAACGCUGCAAUAAUGGCUUUGUACAUACUCUACGAACACGCUGCCGGCUAUGCUGUGUUUAGCGUUAAGGAGUUUGAGGAGAUUUCGAUGCUACUUCCGCAGGUGGAACAAUCAGUAACAGAUUUGUCCCGUUUUAACUCGAUCGUAAAAUUGUUGGGAUUCUCUCCCUUCAAGACCGCCGUUGCUGCAUUAGAAAAUGUCAAUGCCAUCUCGGAAGGAAUUGUACCCGACGAUUUAUCUGUUUUCUUGGACAGUGUCCUACCUAAAGCGUCCAAGUCUAACAAAUUCACCCUUGGUGUUGCGGAUCCGAAAUUAGGUGCGGCUCUAUCGGAAGCAUUGAAGAUCCAGUGUUCGCAUAUCGGAGCAGUUCCAGAGAUCCUACGUGGAGUUCGCCACCAUUUUCCGAAGCUGGUGAAAGGAUUCUCCGAUAAGAGCGCUGGGGUCGCUCAGCUGGGUCUUGGCCAUAGCUACUCCCGUUGCAAGGUCAAGUUCAACGUUCAUCGGUCGGAUAACAUGAUCAUUCAAUCUAUUGCCCUGCUAGAUCAGUUGGACAAAGAUAUUAAUACAUUUUCGAUGAGGAUCAGAGAGUGGUAUUCGUACCACUUCCCAGAGCUGGUGAAAAUUGUACCUGAUAAUUAUCUGUUUGCCAAAUUGGCCCAUUUCGUCAAAGAUCGUAAGUCCCUUUCGCAGGAUAGUUUGGAAGGCCUGGAGGAAAUCGUGAUGGAUUCGGAGAAAGCUCAAGCUAUUAUUGACGCCUCCAAAAUGUCAAUGGGAAUGGACAUUUCUGUAAUUGAUUUACUCAACAUUGAAAUGUUUGCCAAGCGAGUAGUGAAUCUGUCGGAAUAUCGACACCAGUUGUCAGAAUAUCUUCACUCAAAAAUGACUAACGUGGCACCAAACUUGCAGUCCUUGAUUGGCGAUCAAGUUGGAGCAAGACUUAUCUCUAAGGCAGGCAGUCUUACUAAUUUGGCCAAGUAUCCCGCAUCGACGGUGCAAAUUUUGGGCGCAGAAAAAGCCUUGUUCAGAGCUUUGAAAACCAAGAGUAACACCCCAAAGUAUGGUUUGCUGUUCAACUCGUCUUUCAUCGGAAGGGCGAACGCUAAGAACAAGGGUCGUAUUUCGCGGUUCCUAGCCAACAAGUGCUCGAUCGCAUCCCGUAUCGAUUGUUUCACCGAGAAUCCCAAUAGUGUUUUUGGCGAAGCAUUGAAGCAGCAAGUGGAAGAUCGGCUUAAAUUUUAUGAAUCUGGUGAAGCCCCUCGCAAGAACGCAGAAGUCAUGAAGGAAGCGAUCGAAGCCGCGGCUCAGGUCAGUGUCACUCAGCAAAGUGCCAAGAAAAAGAAGAAGAAGAAGGAUAAGAAACGCAAACGUGAGGACGACGACGAUGCUAAUGGCGAUGAAACACUCAACGAAACUGACAAUGCUAAUGGCACACUCGUAGAGGCAGAACCAGAAGUUGAAGCCGAACCUAAGAAGAAGAAAAAGAAGAAGAACAAAAAUAAACCCACAGAGGAGUAAGAUGUUUUGUGAAGGUAUCGUAUAAGUACAAUAUUUCUUUUUCAUUUGGUAUAUUUUCUUUCUGUAUGUGUUACUUCAAUGCAGAUACAAGCAUUACAUUUAAAUUUAGCUAUUAAUUUCCUGCUUCCUCGAGAAUAGAGUAACUACCUAUAUAAAACAAUAA